UCAUGUGUGAUGAUCGCAGGGAAGGAGGAUGGUGGGGAGGCUGGCUGACACAGAGCUUCCAGGCCGUCAAAGACAAGUCAGCUGAGGCGUAUGAGUUUAUCAAACGGGACCUGACAGAAUUCUCCAGCGUGGUCCAACAUGACACAGCAUGCUCCGUUGUUGCGACAGCGAAUGCCAUUAAGACCAAACUGGCAGUUGAAAGUUCAUCAGAGGCCACGGAAAAGGUGAAGAAGGGCAUUUCGAAUAUUUUGGGUGUGAUCACAGACACUUUGGUUCCUGCUCCAGACAUGACCAUUGACUGUGAUGUCAUCACGCUGGUAGCCACUCCGGCAGGCACAACAGAGGUGUAUGACAGCAGCAAGGCUCGAUUCUACAGUCUUCAAGCAGACCCUGCUACAUACUGCAAUGAGCCUGAUGGCCCUCCACAGCAGUUUGAUGCCUGGUUAUCCAGUUUCAAAUUGGAAGAGAGGAAAGCUGAGAUCUCUGAACUGCUGGUCAACAGUCCCGCCAUAAGAGCUCUUUAUACUAAAAUGGUGCCAGCAGCAGUGGCUCAUUCAGAGUUCUGGCAGCGGUACUUCUAUAAAGUGUUCCAGCUGGAGCAGGAGGAGGCCAGGAGGGUAGCGCUAAAGCAGAGAGCAGAGCAGACGGAUCAUUCUGAGAGUCUUGGUUGGGAGGAAGAGGACGAAGAAGGUGAGUUUCUCGGGGCCACGUCUUCAUCACGCUUAGAUUUCACGCCACCUGUCGAAGAGGCAUGUGUCCCUUCGGUAACGAUAGAGGCCACACCUGAAAGCUCCUCACCCUCUCAAGUGGUGGUUUCCACCAGCAAUGUAGCAUCUGACAUCACUCCCUCUGUAAGCAGCGACAGCGUCAGCUUCCCCACCCUGAUCGGGAAUCAAGCGGACUCCGUUACCAUCAGAGUUACGCAGCCAUCGCCCGCUGCAGACGAGGUCUCUCAGAAACUAUCAGAGGCCAGUCUACAGGAGACAUUCCCGGAGGAGCGACCCUCACAGCGCGAAGAGACCGCCAGAGAGGACGUAGCUCAAGACCUCCGAGUGUUUGAGCUCAACUCAGACAGCGGCAAAUCUACACCCUCCAAUAAUGGCAAGAAAGGUUCGAGUACAGAUGUAAGUGAAGACUGGGAGAAGGAUUUUGAUCUGGAUAUGACAGAAGAGGAGGUUCAGAUGGCUUUGUCUAAAAUAGACACAACAGAAGAGUUGGAAGAUGAGGACUGGGAGAACUGGGAGUGAGAAUCUGGUGGAGGGAAUUCUGGCCCGAUAUCGACACGAGACGUUGCUGUUUCCAAAGUGAACCAUGCUUAAUAUAUAUAACUCCUAGUCUACGGCCUCACCUGCUCAUUCAACCAGUCCAGUGAGCAGGUCACCUCCUGCGAAUGAAAUUUACAUGCUAGCUAAACACUUGUCCACCAAGCAGUCAUCUGAAGUGUGAUGAGGUGAUCUGGUCUCACUCUGGCUGUCCUGCGGUGAAACACUAAGACUGAUCAGAGAAAGCACGUAUCAGUUAAUGAGGAGAGGUCACCUUGCAAUGCCAUUUGUACCUGCCGUAUGUCCAUUAAUAUUAUUCUUCUUUGGAGAUUUCAGUGGGAGAAUGCGAAUUAACUGCUGGGGCUCCUGAUUAGCUGUAAUCUAUCAAGUUGUUCAUCAUUCUUACAGGAUUAGAAAAUAAUCCUUCACAUGAAAAAUAUAUGUUAAAUUAUGUUUCUUUUUCUUUUUUUUGGCAUAUAGGCUUCUUUUUUAAGUUAGCUUCUCUUGAAAUACUAACAUCUUUAAUCUUAUGCAAGUUAUUCUAGCACUGAGAAUGGAGAUGGAGAGAUGCUUCAUUCAUUCUGCUGAUGCUCCAUGGCCUUGUUCAGUGUUGUGUGGAAUGAAAAAAUGUCAUGCAAAAGUAACAAAAAAAGUACUUUCACUAAAUGCACCUGUUGUUUCCUGUGCUGUCCACUUUAUCUCCCUUUCCUUGUCUUCAUCUUCUCAUAGUCUGAAAUUGUAAAUGUGAUAUCAGUGCUCAGCAUUGGUAAUGGGCCACUUGGCUUACUCUAGGUAAUUUAAGGAUCAUUUGAGUUCUCAUGUCUUUGCCACUUAAAUAACACUUUGUAUCAUAAUGCAGGCCGAUAUUUUGGGCGUUUUGUUUUAAGGCAAGGCUCAUCUUUUGGUGGAUACAACCUCCAGACUGACUUGUAUCAUCUAAAUCUCUUGCAUGCUGCAUCUCUACAGUCUCUAGACCUUUACUUUUAUUAUUAUCUGACAUAUU